GAAAGCCCACACUGUUAAUGUAUUGUUACAUUGUUAAUUGAGAUAAGUUCUAUUCAGUAAUAGCCAGUUCUCUGUUAGUUUCUAUAUGUCCUACGCUCUUGAACGUACCAUAGCCGUUCCGAUACUAUUGAAUGCACCACAUGUGAAACGCCGUGCUGUUACGCUAGUUCUCCGGUGGAUAUAUAUUGUAAUCUCCUUUGCCUUCUUAACGUUCAUCUACCUCCCUGGUUUAUUGCUGUGUGUAAAUGACAUAAGACCACAGCCAAAUAAACCCACCAAAACAGGACAUCUGUAUCCGUGUUCUUUAAUAGGAACACCAACCCCACACCUUGCCACUCUAAACCAGUUUACUUUCUGGAGACAACCCAAUCUCUCCUUUUUAUGGUCCUUCGAGCCGGAUUAGAGUAACAACCGAGGUAUGGAUCCUACAGAUGACCAGGAUGAGCCUGCACUCCAACGUGCUUCGCAGAGAGAGCGUCACCCCCCAGCUUACCUGAGUGACUAUGUGGUGGCAACCCCCCCUUCAGAGGGACAAACCCACACCACUACCCAGAGCUCACAUAGCCGGAAAUCAUGCUCAUCUCGGAGGAGCUCAAAUCCCAGGUCCACACGGUCAUCUCGCUCAUCCAUGAGCAGACUCACCUCUAUUACUUUAUCAGAGCUAGAAACAGCCCAGCUUGAGGAGCGAGUGAAAGAAAUGGAGCUUGAGGAGUUACAACAACACAUAGAGGAGGAUCAACACAUUGAGCAGGAGUGUCAGAGACUUCAAUCUCAAGCCCGAGAAGCCCAACAGCUACAGGAGGAAGCCAUUAGGACACAAGAGUCGCUAACUAGGCAGCUGGAGAGGCGAAGACAGCUAAAGAAGAGAGUGAAUGAGCUGGAGAUAGCUAAGAUGGUCACUUCUCUACUUAAAGAGAAACCACAGGACCCUGAUGGUGCCAGAUGCUCAUCAUGUCCACCAGAUUAUAGCAAUGCAGGUAACCAUUCGCCCCCGCCUCCAGUGCUUCACACAGCUCCGCCUCCAGCUCUUGUGGUUCCACCUCCUGUGGUCUCGGCCCCGCCUCCAGUGCUUCACACAGCUCCGCAUUCCGAACCUCUGGCUCCGUCUCCUGUGCAGUAUCCACCUCCCCUUCCACUGCCACAGUCUGCUCUUCCCCCUGUAUCCUUGCCACCUAGUUUAGCGCCUGUAAACUACAACCUGGCAUCUAUGCCACAGUAUCACCCAUCCAACUCAGCCUUCACCUACCCUGUCCAGGCAACGUCAUGCUCUGCUUCAGGCUUGCCUCAGUCCAGUCCACAACAGCCACAGGCAGCUGCUGUGCUCCCAUUCACCGCCACAUCCUACGGCAUUCCCAAACCUAUGAUUCCCCUGCUUUGA